AUGGUGAACCUUCCUGUCUCGCCGUCUCGCUCUCCACGCUCCUCCCCUUCGACUCCGUCUGUGCCCUAUUCGCUCCAACACGCCGCGGCCGACGCCCAGCCCGUGUCGCGGGUUCCCGCGAACGACACUCACCGACACCUGCCUGCCGCGCGGAUCUUUCCGGUUCUGUCGAAUCCUGGAGCCGUGAUCUCGGCGUUGUCCCCGUCGCACGGAGAGCAGCGAGCGAAUGCACAGGACGUGGACGGAGAGACAGGGCGACGCGUGCUCGGCACUGAAGGCCAUAGUGGGUUUGGGGAACCGCGAGACGGCGCCUCUCCUAGGGGACAUGGCGGCAGCGGAGCGGGCGAAGAGAGCCGAGCAGGCGCCUUGUCGGCCUCGUCGCCGUUCAGCUCGCCGCCGAGAACCAAUAGCGGCGUGAAGUCCCCUUUGAUCAACGGCGCGUUUCGAGACGACGCGUUUCUGCCCCUGAUUUCGCCCGGUGCGAGCGCCUCUUUCCUCUCCCCGGCAGCCCGCUCGAACAUGCAAGAGAAAACCAAAGAGACACCGGUCCCCCUCACCGCCGAGGACAUCGAACACCUCCAAGCCAAGGCCAGCAUCGCCGCAAACCUCGAAAAAUGGCCAGAUGUGAUUCGAGCCAUGAAGAAAGUGGCCCAAGCGCGGCCGAACUUUGACGCAACUCAACGGUCCCUCGUGAUUCACGCGUACACGAACCUUGCAAACGAGGCGCGGCACGCGCGAAAGACGCUGGACGGUUACUCGUCGGCGCUUUCCUCGCUCCGCAACUGGGAGGCGCCUGCCAGGGAUGCUCAGGGCGGCCACGAGACGUGGAAAGACGAGAAGAGCGAGAAACAGGCGCAUGCAUCCGAGCGCGAGGCGAAGCGGAAGCGCGCAGAAGAAGAACGCCUGGCCACACGAACGCUGGGAAACGGCCUUGUGCCCACCAACCAGCUGCGCGAAUUCGAGCCUUUCUUCGAAUUCUGCGUCGGCCUGUACAAGCAGAGAAUCACGGAAGAUCUCGCUUCCCUCAACGAAGACCUCGACCGCUUCGUCCUGGGCGUUCUUCUGCCCCAGGCUGAGAAUCUCGAAGCGGCUGCGGCGUAUCAGCAGCUUCGGGGCGACGUCAGUAGACACACAGCGGCGCUGGCGAAGAACGCAGACGUGCGCCGGCGCAUGGAGGAGCGCGCGCUGCGAGCCUACGAAUCGGGCCUCCAGUUCACAGAGCAAGACGCAGAGCUAAAGGUGACGGCCUUGCAUCUGGGGAUCGUGCUGAACUACGGAUGUGAGAACAAACACACACGGAACCGCGUUGGAAAGAGCUUCUCAAUCUCGCUGAAGAAAGAAGACUGCGGGGACGACGAGGAGAAAGGAAUUCUACUAAAGAGCAUGAACAAUGGAGAGCAAACCAAUAGGGCGAUUGAGCUCGUGGCCUCGGAGUUCAGAUACUCUGUCGAAAACAUGUACCAAGUCCGAAACGAGGAAGAAUAUCAACGCGUCCUAGUUAUCCUCGGCCUUCUGCGUGACAACAUCGAGAACUGGUGUGCAGAGACAGGCCGGACAGACGUGCAGACUUUGCUGGGCAUGGACUACCACACUCAGUCGUCGGGCCAGUCCCUCGAUGCAGGCAGCGUCGCUUCCUUGAGCUAA